GCUGGAAUCAGGCAGUUGAUGUGGGCAGCCUCUGCUUGUGUCAUCUCGCCACUCACUUUCUUAGCGAACAACACCGGCUAUUCAGCAACAGGAGAACCGCACCUCCCAAAUGGGGCAGUUAAAACACAGAUAAACCGAUUAUUUAUAACUUCACCCGGAUUAUUUUGAGUGGCCAUGGGUGACACAGAGCUGGAGCUCUCUCCCGCCCGGCUUGAGGAACUACAGAAGAGCCCAUCCACCUCCUCCACCUCCAGUACCUCCUCACUGUCCCUGCCCUCGUCUCCCUCUUCUGGCCCUCGUGCCCUCACCAGCUCCAGCCCGAGCACCAGCGAAGGCCUGCCCACCUCCAGCCCCACUCUAGAUGUCAUAUCAGAGGGAGUGGGCGAACUCAGCCUGGUCAUUGAUACCGAGGUGGCCAAAAAAGCCUGCCAGGAGGUCCUUCAAAAAGUAAAGUUCCUGAAGCCUGAUGGAGAAGUAUCUUCAGCCACUUCAGAGCCCGUUUUGGUGAACGGUACAGCACACCCCGAGUCCACCGAUGGAGGAAAACCUCCUAAGAUCACCGCGGAGGAAGCGGAGCCCGUGAAGAGCGUGCGUCGUCGUCAGAAGAACAACUCCUCCAAGCAGUCCUGGCUCCUGCGGCUCUUCGAGUCCAAGCUGUUCGACAUCUCCAUGGCCAUCUCCUAUCUUUACAAUUCCAAGGAGCCCGGCGUGCAAGCCUACAUCGGCAAUCGGCUCUUCAGCUUCCGGAAUGAAGAAGUAGACUUCUACUUGCCCCAGUUGCUCAAUAUGUACAUCCACAUGGACGAGGAUGUGGGCGAUGCCAUCAAGCCCUAUGUGGUGCACCGCUGCCGGCAGAGCAUAAAUUUCUCCCUGCAGUGCGCCUGGCUGCUGGGGGCCUACUCCUCUGACAUGCACAUCUCCACGCAGCGCUACUCCCGUGGCACCAAACUGCGCAAACUCAUCCUGUCAGACGAGCUCAAGCCCUCCAGCCAGCGCAUCCGCAGGGAGGUGCCGCAGCCUCCCCCCUCCUGCCCCCCACCCCUCCACCACGGCCAGGGCAUGAGCGAACACAGCCUCUCGCCCUCCAAACGCACCCACCAACGCUCCAAAUCUGACGCCACGGUCAGCAUCAGCCUCAGCAGCAACCUGAAGAGAACCGCCAGCAACCCCAAAGUAGAGACCAGCCAGGAUGAGGAUCUGAGCUCCAGCUCCGACAGUCUCGAGCUAGAGGCUGUUACAACAAACUGUGCUGGAAAUCAGUACAUAAACAAAAAUUGUGAUAUAUUGGUAUCAUACCAUUGUAAAUCAGUGCCGGUGCGUCUGACCCCUCAGAGGGAGUUUAUUAAGUCUCUGAUGGGGAUCGGGAAGAGACUGGCCACUCUGCCCACUAAAGAACAGAAGACCCAGAGGCUCAUCUCAGAGCUGUCCCUUCUUAACCACAAGCUGCCUGCCCGGGUCUGGUUGCCCACGGCUGCCUUUGACCACCAUGUGGUGCGUGUGCCCCACACGCAAGCCGUCGUGCUCAACUCAAAGGAUAAGGCACCUUACUUAAUCUAUGUAGAAGUUCUGGAAUGUGAGAACUUUGAGACGUCGAGUGUGCCCGUGAGGAUCCCGGAAACACGGAUCCGCAGCACGCGAUCCGUAGAGAAUCUUCCGGAUUGUGGCAUCACACCCGACCAGCGUGCCAGCAGCUUCUCCACGGUUCCCAAUUACGAUAAUGAUGAUGAGGCAUGGUCUGUAGAUGACAUUGGAGAGUUGCAAGUGGAGCUUCCAGAGAUCCACACCAACAGUUGUGACAACAUCUCCCAGUUCUCAGUAGAUAGCAUCACCAGCCAGGAGAGCAAGGAACCUAUUUUUAUUGCUGCUGGAGAUAUCAGACGACGCCUGUCCGAGCAACUCGCCCACACCCCCACCACAUUUAGGAAGGACCCAGAGGAUCCCUCAGCUGUAGCCUUAAAAGAACCGUGGGAGGAGAAAGUGAGACGGAUCAGGGAGGGCUCCCCCUAUGGCCACCUGCCCAACUGGCGUCUACUUUCUGUUAUUGUGAAAUGUGGCGAUGACCUGAGACAAGAGCUUCUCGCCUAUCAAGUUCUGAAACAACUGCAGAUUAUCUGGGAGCAAGAACGGGUUCCCUUGUGGAUCAAGCCCUACAAGAUCCUGGUCAUCUCUUCAGACAGUGGCAUGAUUGAGCCAGUGGUCAACGCUGUGUCCAUUCACCAGGUGAAGAAACAGAGUCAGCUUUUAUUGCUCGACUACUUCCGGCAAGAGCACGGCAACUACACUACAGAGGAAUUCCUUACUGCUCAGCGUAACUUUGUUCAGAGCUGCGCUGGCUACUGUCUCAUCUGCUAUUUGCUGCAGGUCAAGGACAGGCACAAUGGAAAUAUCCUGCUGGACUCGGAGGGCCACAUCAUUCACAUCGACUUUGGCUUCAUCCUUUCCAGCUCUCCACGAAACCUAGGCUUCGAGACGUCUGCCUUCAAACUAACCAGUGAAUUUGUUGAUGUAAUGGGAGGUCUGGAUGGAGACAUGUUCAACUAUUACAAGAUGCUUAUGCUCCAAGGCCUCAUCGCUGCACGCAAGCACAUGGAGAAGGUCAUCCAGAUUGUAGAAAUCAUGCAGCAAGGUUCUCAGCUUCCCUGCUUCCACGGCUCCAGCACCAUCCGUAACCUGAAGGAGCGUUUCCACAUGAACCUGACGGAGGAGCAGCUCCAGGUGUUGGUGGAGCAGAUGGUGGACGCCUCCAUGCGUUCCAUCACUACCAAGCUCUACGACGGCUUCCAGUAUCUCACCAAUGGCAUCAUGUGAGCGGCGAGCGGGGUGCAUACAGACUAGAGAGCUAAAACUGGAAGAAAAAGAAAGACUGCACCACUUUAAAAACCACUCCCAAUGGCCGCUUCCCAUAACCACCCAUGUGUUUCUGCACCCUUCAGACUGAUUAUCUUUAAAGAUGGACUUUUUUGUUAGUUUUUUUUUUAUUAUCCUGACUGAAGAGGUCUUGAGCUGUGAAGUAACCUUGUCGUCUUUUUUUCCAACAGCCUUUCCUUUUGUAUAAACCCUUCCUUUUUGUCCUGUCAUCUUGCAGUACUCUGGAUGCCCAGAGUUGAAUUUUAUCCAGCUUUCCAGUGCCUCAUUUAAACACUAAGCUGCUGUGACUUUGGUUUUACUCUCACCUGUGUACUGACUGACUUCAACACCCAAUAUCAUCAUCAUCAUCAUCAUCAGCUUUAUUUGUCGCAUUACCACUUUUGCUGUAUACUUUGAAUGAAUAACAUUCAAAAUUUCAACACACACCUACAAUGGGAUGGGAAACAGGAGAAUGUUGUAUCUACGCCUGUAAAUUGCAUUGUGAAUUGGGGGAAUCAGGUGGUAAACAUUGCUGCAUUGUUCAGCUUUGUGAAGUCAGUGUUACAUUAACUGUUUAAGAGAUCUUCAGCUCAGUGCCGCACAAAGAGCCGUUAAGCCGUGAAACAUUUGCUUAAAGGGCUCUCAUUUGAUCCUGAAGAGCGCUUUGCCCAUAAUAGGGUUAAUGAAGCUUUUUAAUUCAAUAUGGAUUUGUUAAACAUCAAAACACCAAAGACACAGACCAGUGGCUUUGCCAAUCAUAUGAGAGUAUUAAUCUUUGAUUGAUACAAAAGCUAAUAUAAAAUAAUUAGGACUUAAUUAAAAUAUCCUGGUUGGUUUUCUAGGUCAAAAUAAAUGUAUAAAGAAACUAUUUUUGAGUUUCCAAAAGUCUGGACUGAAAUAUGGUGGACUGAGACAUGAACAACACUAUUUAUUGCCCUUUUACAAAUAUUUCAUACACUUACAUGACAUGUAUGAAAUAACACUCUCAACAGGUUCUCUGUGGAUUUCAUUUCAUUUUGUUUGGCACAAGUUACAAUGCAAGCUAGUUCUGUACAGCUAACCUGAAUUUAUAAUGUGCAUUCUUACCGCUGACCUCAUUCUGAGGUGGACAGCCAUGUUUAAAUGUGUGACUGUAAGCCACUGGAGUUUUGUUUUUGUUUUGUUUUUAAUGGAGAGAAGUCCAGAUCUGUUGCACAGGAGAAAUGGAAAGGGCUAUAAAAAAAUUGAGAGAAAUCAACACAAUUAUUUGUUUUUAUUUCCUACACAUGUACAGGUAUAAAAUUCCCUGCGUAAAAUUUUUAAAACAUUUUUAUUAUUAUUGUUCUUUAAUUUCAUAGAAUUUGGGGCGUGUGUUGAGCCUCGUCUUCUUUCCCUGUGACAUCAGUGCUUCUCUUAAUAGUUUGAAUUCAUCCUUUCAGCAGAAGCCACAGUUUCCUUUCAUUUGUUUGCCUGUGCGAGGGCAAUUUAGACGAUGUACAUGUUUUCAACAGCUUUUCUUUUCUCUUUACGAUUUUAUACUUCUAUUGUUUCAACGUCAAACUUUCCUUUGAAACUUGUAAAACGGACCAGCUAUUAAGAUCAUGUGAAUAACCUUCCUUGUGAAUGUUCCUUUGUAUAAUAAAUUAAAUGUUCCCGUUCCACAAAUUGUA